ACAGUGUACAAGAUGUUAUUUCGCACUUUUCGGAUAUAACGUGACAGGAACUCGUGACACGGUGACGGACCACCGGACGGAGGCUUCCACUUACGAAGCGUCGGUCUACUGCGGGUGAUAUAAGUUUCGACCACUCCUUUUUUUUUUCAUUUCUUUUCUAACGCGUAAUCUCGAUCACACGUUCAUCCUUGGACAGACAGCGGGAUAUGAGCUACACCGAACCGUUGUGGGAGAUAAAUGGAAAUCAAGCACCAGUAAUCACGCAGGAAAUGUCACAGUACGUCGGUAGCGAACUUGGAAGCUAUCCGAUGUGGGACAGUUCCGUUUUAUAUCAGCCACCACCGGCUACACAUUCUCACGUCAACGAACACGGUUUGUACAGACAGCCCUGUGCUUUAUUGCAUCAAAGUCGUUAUACACAAAAUGGCCGAUCACCAAAUCUUCCCUCGUCAACUACGAAAAAGCCAAGGCGCAGAGUGGCCACAGUUUCUCAAAGAAGAGCCGCUAAUAUUCGUGAAAGACGUAGAAUGUUCAACUUGAACGAAGCUUUCGACAAAUUACGAAGAAAGGUGCCAACGUUCGCCUACGAAAAACGUUUAUCAAGAAUCGAGACACUUCGUCUGGCUAUUACUUACAUAGCAUUCAUGGGAGAAUUAUUAGGAAUCGAGCCCAGCAGCCCAAAACCAGAAUACAUACCACGUGAAUAUUAUUUGCCUAAUUAAAUCGUCUAAUCGAAGACGAACAACGACAAAACGCGUCUUCCAUUGAUCUUUUUAAUUUAUUCUUACAAAGAUUUGAAAAAAAAGAAAAAAAAAACAAAUUUUUAUUUAUUUUCUACAUAUAAUUGACUUAAUACAUUUUUGCUGAUUAAUAACUCGACUGAUAUAUGUUUCGAAAGAAAUAUUAACUGUUCAAAUAUCCACUUAGCUGAAAAAUUCAUAUCGAUAUUAAUCGAACAAAAUCUAUCUACUAUUCUACUUCGACAAAUAUGACGUAUAAUAAUGAUAUCUACUAAUAAUGAUAAUAAUAAUAAUAAUAAUAAUAAUAAUAAUAAUAAUAAUAAUAAUAAUAAUAAUAAUAAUAAUAUAUUAAUAUUGUACAGGAAUUUAAAAAAAGAAGGACAAAGUAAUUUUCUCAAUUCUCUGCAGUGCACAAUUAUUAUGCGACACUGAUCAAGAAGCGGGUACAAAUGUAGUGUUAAUGAAGUUAAAUGAUACGUCAGAACUAUCGUUAAGACGACAAGAAAGAGAUAGAGAUAGACAGAGAGAGAGAGAGAGGAAGAGAGAGGAGGAGAGAAAGUGAUUUAACAUAUUAAUUUUAUAUUCAUGUAAAAUAUCUAUCUAUAUAUAAAUGUACAUCUUCUCCUAUUAAUUUCUCUAUUUUAUUUAUAUAAUAUUUAUCUACAUGGAAUAUAGAUAUUAAUUAAUUAGUUCUUCUUUUUUGUUUUUAAUAGAGAUUAACAUUUAAUAACAUGACACACAAAUUUCAAAUACGAUUUGUAUCGAAGUGUGAACUCGAGAAAUAUGUCUUCCAUAUUUUAGGUAAACGUGAUAUAAUGUAAUGUAUUAUAUUAUUAAUAAAAAUCUGAGGUAACAUUGAAACAAGUA